AUGAAAAACGCAGGUCCGUACGAAAAGGCAGAAUGCAACUCCGCAGAUAGAAAAAUAGUUAAAAGUGUUUCUAGUUUCUUUAGCUAUCUGAAAAUUCUGGAUCUUAGGGACCGGAUCAUUCGAUUUGGCCGCUGCCCGCUAUAUAUAGGCUGUGUUAGGCGAGGUAUAAAAAUGCUUUCCAUUGGAUUAGGGGUUGCUGUCUUCAUAGCUAUCAAACCAGUUCUCAAGAUAUACGUCAUCCUUCUCAUAGGCUAUUUAGCAGCCCGUUACAAUAUCCUAAACGCAGAAAUAACGCGCGGGAUAUCCAAUUUGGUGGUCAAUAUUCUCAUUCCUAGUCUGACGUUCAACAAAAUUGUGCAGACGUUAUCGAACAAGGAUAUCAAGACGAUCGGUGUGGUAAUUUUGAACGCUCUGGUCUUAUUCGCACUUGGUGGGAUCUGUUCCCUCCUCAUACAUGGACUUGCACCUGUUCCUAAACGUUGGUUUUGGGGAUUGAUUUUCGCCGGCAUAUUUCCCAAUAUAUCUGAUUUACCCAUCGCAUAUGUGCAGAGUAUGCAAAAUAGCGGCUUAUUCUCCAUGGACGACUUAAAUAAGGGAGUUGCAUAUAUAUGCAUCUUUCUGACAUUCCAAGGAUUCAUUUUCAUGAACCUUGGGGCAUAUCGUAUUGUAGGGCUGGAUUUUCGAGAUUCAGAUGACGAAGAAAGAUCAAAGGGAGAUUCAAAACUAAGGGACAUAGUUCACCCAAUGGCCCGGCAGCAGGUUGGCUCUCGCAACUUAAGUAGAAAUUCUUUUGGUAGUAUUUCACACGCUGCACAGGCUGCAAGUUCUCGGGGUAGCAGGCUCACGCAAGAGGCUGCUGUCAUAGAAAACGCUGUCUCCGCGUCGAGCCACCAUCCUGACGCUUGCACUGGCUUCGGCGAACAGGCUGAAGAUAUAGACUCACCAAUCUCCCAUCAUGCAAAUAGAGCAAUGGACACGGCUCUGUCACUACAAUUUCGAGAUUCGCCUUCGGCGCUGGACACACAGACGAUCUCGGUCAAAUCCCUCCCCUGCCACGCGGUUGGAGAAAGCUUGCAGUUUGAAAAUGUGUGCGCUCCACCAGCUACUGCAUAUAGCAUUUGUUCUAGGAGGACGCACGAGCGGGCGCUGGGAGCUGAGCUUGGUCGCGGCUCAUACUCGCUGCCGCAGGCCCUUGAAGUCUGUCCCCCGAACCUGGCCCCACAUGGAUAUCCCGUAGGGGAGGAACAAGCGGACCGCAAUGCUCGAGAACAGCUUUUUGAAGAUGUAUCUCGAGUGUCUAGUACGAAUCACACAGAGAAGAGUGGUUCGGCACCUUCAUUCAAAAACAGUCGCCGUAGGUGGCUUUACUACAUUGUCAUGACUUGCUGCCGGCCGGCAUCCUCGGGGCCGCUGCUGGGCAUACUGUGCGCCAUGGUGCCAACCCUGCGGGCCUUGUUUGUCCACAAUGACCUGAAGCUCGAGAACGCACCAGAUGGUCAGCCAGUGCUCAAUUUUAUCAUGGACAUAACCGAGUAUUUGGGAAAUGCUUGCGUCCCCACAGGAUUGCUACUCCUCGGUUCGACUUUUGCCAAUAUGCGCAUUGAAUCCCUUCCAAAAGGUAUAUGGCGCGCUGUUUUGAUGCUCACGUCCUUCAAGUUAGUAGCGCUCCCGAUAAUUGGCAUACUAUUUGCCGGUGAGCUCCGAAAUAUCAAUUGGCUUCACGACGACAUCGGCAAAUUCGUCAUCAUUCUUACAUGGACCAUGCCAAGCACCUCUGCGCAGGUCUACUUUACUACCUUUUUUGCAACUGCUGACGGCCAUCGCCUGCAAAUGUCUCUGCUGUCGCUUUUUUUUAUGACACAGUACGCAGUCUUAUUCUUCGCUAUGGCUUUUGUUGUCACAUAUACUAUUAAGUUCCAACUUAACUAG